UCAACUUGCCAGGCCAGAGGAAGCUCUUCUACGGCCCCCCAGGCAACUUCCCCCAGGGCGUCGCCAGACACAUUGCUGAAGAACUCGGUAUGCCUGACGAAGUGUUGGAGGUCGUCUCUAGCAAUGAAGACAUAGACGUGUUGGUGGACAAGUCGUACUUCGAGACCAAUGAUUCCUUCGCUUCCUUCUUCAUGGGUCUGUACUUCCACGACCUGGAUGACCCAGGACCCGUGGCUCCCCAGCACCUGAAGUACGACCUUAGACUUACCAAGUAUUGGUUCACCUCGCAACUUUACCCUUUCCUGCAGGUGCCCGGCCCCAGGAACUAUUCUCUUAACAUGGAUAACUUACUUGGUAGCUACAAUAUGGAUGGGUUUACCUUGAUCCAGAGCCUCGUCGAUCGCUACUACAUCGCCCAGCUCACACAAAACAACUCGUACGUCAGUCUGCGUUACCAGCUGGAGACGCAGAUGUACCCAUACCCACCCUACGUCCAGGACAGAGCUAUGAGUCAGUUCUACGGCUCCGCCCUGCCUACCUUCGUGGUUCUGUCGUUGGUACUUCUCUCACCUUCUCUCAUCAAGAGCAUUGUGUAUGAGAAGGAGACUGGUGUGAGGGAGCUGGUGCGACUGAUGGGUCUGGACGGAUGGCUGGUAUGGCUGGGAUGGUUCCUUCACUCCUUCAUCAUCAUCAUCGUGGUGGCCUCCAUUAUCACACUGGUGCUCAAGCUGAAGCUGAUGCCUCUGCAGGAUGGUAGCGGGUUCCUGCCACCCAUCCUGGCAUACAGUGACCCUAUCUUCAUCUGGGUCCUGCUGCUUCUUUACGGUAUCUCCUCUAUCGCCUUCUGCUUCGUCAUUGCUACCUUCUUCAGUAAACGUGAGUGUUGA